AUGGGGACUGCAGCUCUCAGUUCCGGAAACCUAACUGCUUACGAUCGCCGGAUUCUGAGGACUGUCAAUGCAGGAGCAUCCUCUCUUUCGUUCCUAGGCUCCAGCUUCAUUGUCCUCUGCUACCUCCUUUUCAGAGACCUUCGAAAGUUCUCCUUCAAGCUCGUCUUUUACCUCGCAAUCUCGGACAUGCUAUGCAGCUUCUUCAGCAUAGUUGGAGAUCCCUCCACAGGAUUCCUCUGCUACGCUCAGGGUUAUAGCACCCAUUUCUUCUGCAUCGCAUCUUUCCUUUGGACUACCACCAUUGCUUUCACCCUGCAUCGUACUGUUGUUAAACACAAGACUGAUGUUGAAGACAUGGAGGCCAUGUUUCAUUUGUACGUUUGGGGAACCUCGUUGGUCAUGACUGUCAUACGGUCCAUGGGUAAUGAUCAUAGACACUUAGGCGGCGCCUGGUGUUCAACACCAACAGGGAGAACAAAAAAGGCGUAUCAUUUCAUAACAUUUUAUGUCCCCCUUUGGGGUGCCAUACUUUACAACGGGUUUACGUAUUUUAAAGUCAUCCGGAUGCUAAACAAUGCAACUCGUAUGGCAGAGGGCAUGUCAGACCGAGCAUCUGAUGGAAGACUGGACAUGAAGGCUCUGAAUAGGUGGGGAUAUUAUCCGCUUAUCCUAAUAGGUUCAUGGACGUUUGGCACGUUAAAUGUCAUCCACGAUCUUAUUGAACCAGGCCAUAAAAUCUUUUGGCUCUCGGUGCUUGAUGUGGGUACAGCUGCCCUUAUGGGGCUCUUCAACUCGAUAGCAUAUGGGUUGAAUUCAUCGGUCCGGCGGGCAAUCUCUGAAAGAUUGGACCUGUUCUGUCCUGAGAGGCUGCAAAGGUGGUUGCCUGCUAACACUGCAAAAUCUAGUAGUACAGGGCAAGAAAGCGAGCUCGUGUCCUUGAAAGUACAAGAUGAGCAUUAG